AUGCUAUCAUCGUACAUAAAGCUUCUGUCUGAGGUGCACUGGGUCGAGGGUCCCGGUAACGUGGAAAAGUUUAGUGGUGUUCGCGCAAAGGAGUAUCUCAGACAACUAACUAGUCUAGGACCCAAAGUAGCAGGAAGCCGUGAGAACGAAAUUUGUGCCGUGAACCUACUUGUGAAGUGGCUGAAUGAGAUAAAGUCCAUUGCUGAGGAUCAUGGACGGAAUCUCGAUAUAGACGUUCAAAUUUCCAAUGGCAGUUUGUACGAUCACAACCUCGCAGUUUAUUUUGGAGUGAAAAACGUAGUAGCCAGACUACGUCCUGGCCCGCAAACACCUCCAGAUUCUCUUCUCGUGAAUGCUCACUUCGAUACGGCACCCACAAGUGAGGGCGGCGGGGAUGAUGGCUCUAUGUGUUCCGUGAUGCUGGAGGUCCUACAUCAAUUGGCUGUGUCUAAACCGCUUAAUCACUCUGUGAUCUUCCUCUUCAAUGGGUGUGAGGAGCAUUCUUUUAGAGGCUCUCACGCUUUCAUCACGAAGCAUUCAUGGGCAUCUUCCGUGCGUGCUUUUAUUAACCUGGACUCUGCUGGAAAUGGAGGCCGAGAAAUUGUCUUCCAAGCCAAUCCGGAACAUCCGUGGCUUUUGAAACACUACAGAAAUUCUGUGAAAAGACCCUAUGCUACCGUAAUUGCUGAAGAAAUUUUCCAACAUGACCUGAUACCUUCAAAAACGGACUACUACAUCUUCACGCAUUUAGGUAAAAUUCCUGGGAUUGACAUUGCCUUCGCAUACAAUGGCUAUGUAUAUCACACAAAAUACGAUAAGGGAGAAAAUUUCCCAGAAACGAGUCUUCAAAAUACUGGAGAUAACUUGCUUCCUUUGGUCCAAUCCCUGGCUUCCAGUGAAGAACUUAGAGAUCCACAAAAGCAUAAAGAUGGUCCCCUGAUAUACUACGACUUUCUCAACUUGUAUCAGGUGUCCUACAGUGAGUUAAAAAAAAAUGUCCUUGAUAUUAUAGCCAUAGUCUGGGCUUGUUUGCUGCUUGGUUCCUGUAGGGAAUUUGGAAUAUGGAAAAUAUUGUACAUUGCAUGCCUGUGCUUUAUUGCGGAUAUUGGAGGAAUUAUUUUUGCGGGGAUUGGAGCUACAUUGUGCUGUGUACUUGGAAGAUCGAUGUUUUGGUUCAAUUCCUGCUACUUAGUUAUCCCUAUGUAUUUUUUCCCAUUUUACUUGGGAAUGACUCUUGGACCACAGUAUUACGAGAAGAAACAUCGCCAAGAAAGUGGAACAACCAUCUCGAGGAUUCAAAAGUUGUUCCUUCAUGCUCAGCACACCAUAAAUACUUUUUUACUGAGUGUCAUUGUACUCAUAAAAACUCGUUCCAGUUAUCUGCUCAUGAUACCUGUAUUAGUCUACAACAUCAGUAUGACUUUGAAUAUGAUUCUGGAAAAAACGAUCGGAAGAUUGGUCAGAAAUCCUCUAGGUGGAAGUGUGGAAUGGUGGAAGGUUAUCCACUUAAUUUGCCAAAUAUUCCCUUUUAUGUUGAACUUAAUGACCACAAUUUCGUUCUUCACAACACUCAUCCCUAUACAGGGAAGAAGUGGAGCUGAAAAUUAUCCAGAAUUUAAAAUUUGUGCAUUGAGCAUCAUUUCUGCUUAUCUUCUGGGAAGUUACCUCAUACCUUUGAUUGCUGUCUGUGAGAAACCACGCGACAUAAUUGGUCUUUUUUCAAUUCUAUGGUUCAUAGGAUUCUGUCUAAUGCUGACAGUAUUUCCUUUCGAAGAAGCUCAAGCACCUCAGAGAUUCAGAAUUCAGCAUGUAAAUCGUCAAUUUCAUUCAAUUUCUGGAAAUCUGAGUCAUUCAUCUUCAGGGUUUUUAAUUGAAACUGAAGAUCCCCAUGGCAAAACAGUACUUCAGCAGUUUUUAGGCGAGGCCGAUAAUUUAGAUGACAUUUGUGCUAAGGAAUUUCUUUGCAAAAGAUACUUUGGAAAAUCUUCUAGUUUCUGGUAUUCAUCAGAUCAACUCUUCACUAGAUCGAGUAUCAUCGAGUCGGACACAGGAGUAUCUCUCAGACUGACAGAACGACAAGAUUCCAAGUCCGGAGCUGUGGUGAUGCAUUUUGAUCUUGGAGGUCCUGACAGAAUGGACUUGUCCAUCUUACCGGAAUAUGGAUCCGAAAUCACAGACUGGAGUUUCAAAGACACAAAGUUCAUACCCUCCUACAUAUACUCAAUCAGUUUAACAAACUUUAAAUUAGGAGUGCCCCAACCAAGCAAUAAUACACAGUUCUGGAUAAAACUGGAAGGAAAAGGAAUAAGGAAAACUUUGGAUAUUACAGUGAUUGGACACUACAUGUGGCAUCAUGAACACAAUACACCAGAAUUCAAUGAGAAAAUCAAAAAAUUCCCACUUUGGUCAUCCGUAAAUUCUUGGAUCGUAACCUACGAUCAUUACAAAUUUUAACAACUUCAACACAAAAUUCAGAAAUAAUCUGUUAGAGGGCAGCGCAGUCAAUCCGCCACAAAGAUGAACGUGUUUUAUCUUCCGGUGCGCAAUGAGAGGAUAUAUAAGAGUGGCAGGUUUAACCUCAUUCCUUUCCUUUUUACUUGUGGUCUUCAACCAGUCAUUACAAAUUCUGUAUUCUGAAAUAAAGUUAUUUAUGAAGUUGAAUAAAGUGUUUUUCUCAAGAGUGAGUUUCCUCCAGCGAUUUCACCAAUAAGACGUGCAUAGCAGAUCGGCAACGAAGACUGGGAUAAAGAAUUAACUAAUAGAUUCCCCUGUCUUUCCCAGGUAAGCCAUAACAUAAAUUAAGGAUGGACCAAUCCUAAUCUAUAAUAAGCAAUAACCUAAUCUAAGGUUGAUUGUGUUCUAUCCAAAGACAGAAUGUUGUUUGUAUUUACUUUUUUUUCAACUUCUACUUUGGACCUCUCUGACAAAAUUAAAUUUACUUGAUUUGUCUCUGUUUUAAUGGUAUCUAUUAAAAGACGCGCUUCUACUUUGGAUCCUAUGUUAAGAUUAGCUGAAUUAAGUUCUAUUACAAUUCCAUCAACUUCGGCAAGGAGACUACGCACUUCUUGUGUCCUUUCAAUUAUAUAUUUAUCAGAAUAUUAGGUGAGAUUCUUAACAAUCUCACCUACUAUAUAAUCCCAACAAAAUCUCAUGUCCUUCGAUCGACCCCAAACUUUGCCAAAAUGUUUUUCACCACUUCCUGAUCCCGAAUAUAUGGGGGGCUAAAAACUGUACCCGGCCGGCCGUCCGUCCGUCCGGACUCUCUUUGGAGCUUAAUAGCUCCUAAACUAAAAGAGAUAUCGACUUGCGGUUUCCGGCAAAGGUUAUAUAUCGGGUGAAAAUUGCAACUUGGUGCAUUGACCCCCCACCCCUCCUUCCGCCAUUUUGAAUAACCACAUUUUUUGUAUUCUUAAUGGCUCCGCCCCUAUGGCAUCGAUCGGGCUCAAAUUUUAGUAUGUUAUAGCUGGGCCUUAGGGCUUUCGAUCAAUACCAAACUUAAGGUACCCCGACCCCCCUGACCCGAGCAAUAAGGGUCGAAAAACAAUUCUUAAAAUGGCCAUAACUCCGGUUCUAAUUAUCAGAAUUUAAAACGUGAGGGCGUUUUGGAAAGCUCUCGUGAAAUGCAACUUCCUCUUCUAACAUCACAAGUUCAUAAAACCACCGCUAGGGGCGCUAUUUUUAAAAAGAAGAUUUUUAAAUUUUCUAAGUUGAAUGACUCAGGAGUUCCUUUAUGCAUCGGGCUGAAAUUUUAGUAUAUUGUAGCCCCUGAUUAUACCUACCAAACAAAAAAAAACCUUAAGUCGAUCCAUAACUCCUGACCCGAGCCAUAAGGGGUCAAAGUUCGAAUAUUGACUGGCCUCUAUCUCCGGUUUUAAUUAACAUAGCGACCUGAAUUUUGGCUUUUUGGUUUCGUCUCGAUGAGCACUUUCAGAUGGAAGUUCAAAAUGUCACCACAGGUGGCGCUGCGAUAGCGUCAAAAUUCAUCGAAAGUCAAACUCAUUUCUCUCAAAAACGGCAUUGUGCAAGUUAAUCAAAUUUUAAAGUGUUGUAGUCCAGUCUAGGACGUUUCGAAAAUGGUGCGUAAGUGCGCUUUGGUUUCAAUAGAACCGGAGAUAUGAGGGGUCAAAAUUCACGAAAUUCAAAAAAUCAUAUCUUCGGUUCUAUUUGACCGAUUUUGACGUGUGAGGGCGCAAAUGAAAGAUCUCAUCAAAUGCUUCAACUUUUUGGAACACUUGAACUUCGUGGGAUGAACACCAGGGGCGCCAUAGUCGAAUAACCAAUUUCAAUAUCACAUAACCUCAAUUAUCUCGACUGUCGCUGAACCGAUUUUAUUGAAUACUUCCACAUAAUUAUAGAGAACAUUUGUCUCUGCAUUUCGUCCAUACAUCAUUUUCCACUCAGACUACGCUAUCUGUUCGAUUUUGUCGUUUAAGUAUGAAAAAUUGAUUUUUCCCAUAAUAACGCUUUGAAACCACUCAGAUGCCAAUUUGAAUACUUCUACUCGACCAAGACACUUAAAAUAGGGUUUUAAAUGGAAAGUCUCACAUAAUACAACAAUUCUUUGAUAUAGUUGAAGAAACUAGUUCAGAAACAAACAACCUUGAUUAUCGAGGCUUCUGAUUAAUCGAUGGGAUCAAGUUCUAUGGCAAAAUUAUAGAGAACAUUCUGGUCUACAUUUCACCCAUAUAUCACUUUUCUGCCAGUCCAUCCAAAUCUUUGAUAUUUUGUUUUAAAUACAAAAUUUGUAUAAUUUCACGAAUUUUAUUCAAAAUAACUGAAUGGCGUCCCCUAACUUCAGCUCUAAAUCGAAUUUGCAUACAUUCCGAGUUAGCUCACGUUAAGAAUCUCACCUACAAUAAUCUGAUCUAGGCUUAUCACUAGCCUUUCUACUAGGUCCGUGUUUACGUAAGUUUGUUAAAAUUUGGGUCACUCGUGGCGAAAUUGGUCUCAAUGUAUCCAUUUACAAUAACAAAAAAUGAAAAAAAA